AUGGCAAACUAUGCUGAUUACCUGGCUCAUUUCAACUUCGAUGUAAUCUAUAAACCAACCAAACUGAACACCAACGCCGAUUAUUGUUCCCGCAUUCCGAGCAGAACAACUCAGUCCAACGUCAACAUUCUGUCUAGCGAGGAAAGAGAUGACGAAGAUGGAUUCGAACGGUUUGCCCUUCUUCAGAUACAGCAACUCCCACUGCGAGCCGAUACCAUAGCACGCGAAACACGGAAGGAUCCGCAGCUCGGGAAAAUUGUUCGAGAAUCGGAAUUGGGUCGUAACCUUACACAGUUAGGCUACAAGGCGCCAGAGACAAAAUAUGCGAUAGUCGCCAAUUGCUUGCUAUUCGAACAUCGAGUAGUUAUUCCAGCUGUUCUUCGCCAGGCAAUCCUACACGAUUUGCAUACAGCACACUUCGGUGUCGUCAAGAUGAAAGGACUGGCGCGAUCAUAUGUUUAUUGGCCAGGAAUCGACGCGGACAUAGAACGAACAGCAAAGUCAUGUAUGGAGUGCGCGCGUUUUGCACCGGCACCGCCAAAGUUCAGUAUUCACCACUGGGAAUAUCCAAACGGGCCGUGGGAACGAAUUCACAUCGAUUAUGCCGGUCCCGUUGCUGGUGUAAUGCUAGUAAUAAUCGUCGAUGCAUUCAGUAAAUGGUGCGAAGUUAAAACCACUACGUCCACAACAACAGCUGCCACUAUCAAGCUUCUCGACGGGCUCUUUUUGGCAUAUGGCGCACCAGUAACAAUAGUGUCGGACAACGGACCACAGUUUACCGCCACGGAAUUUAAAACUUUUCUGCAGCAGAGCGGUGUAAAAUAUCACAAGCUGUCAGCUCCUUAUCAUCCUGCAACUAACGGUCAGGCCGAGCGUUAUGUACAGACGGUCAAAAAUGCUUUGAAGGCGAUGGGAACAACUAGUGAAAACUUGCAAAGCAAUCUUAACAUUUUCUUGCAACAGUACCGAAAAGCGCCGCACACCGAAACUGGAGAAUCACCAGCGAAAUUGUUCCUUGGUCGAAACAUCCGGACUCGACUGGACCUCGUAAGUCCACAGAAUGCCAACACGAACAUCACUGAGAAACAGCAAGCAACGUUCUCCCCAUCGUUCCGCUUAUUCACACCCGGCCAACAAGUGUUUUUCCUUUCCGGUAAUCCGCGGAUGGACAAAUGGAUUCCUGGAAUCAUUUCUGUACGGUUGGGAGAUUUGCACUACGAGAUUGUUUACAAGUCAAACCAUCUGAAACGUCAUGUCGAUCAAAUCAGAUGUUUCGAAGGUAGCGACGGAAAGUAG